CUCUCCUUGCCUCGCUGCAGAUAAUUUCGGAUAGCAUUUUACGGCUCCCCUUCUCCCCCAGCUCCGCCUCCCCAAAUCGCAGCCGAAACCUCGGGGAAGCUCGCCUCCACAUCCAUGGCUUCAGCCGCGACCUUUCCGAAGCUCCAGCUUGGUCCGCGAUGCCACGGCUACUCCCAUCUUCAGGCGGCUGACCCGGUCCAUGUCCACAUGAAGAUUGGUGAUUCUUGCAAGUGCCCCAUGCCCGCCCAAGGGUUGCUUGUUUCUACCGGGAGAAGUGCAAGGCACACAUUCCUGCCGGUGUCGGCGGAUCGAUCAGGUCGGGGCGCAUCGGUCGCCGAGGCCGAGAAGACCGGGCUCUCGCUGGAUAGCUUCAAGACAACCGUUGUCAAACGCGACGACGAAAAGAUCCAUUUAAGAAUCGAGCUGCCCGGGAAGGAAACGCAGAAGGUGUUUGAUGCAGCCCUGACGAGCCUGGCCAAGGACGCGCCGCCGGUUCCAGGUUUCAGAAGGUCUAAGGGAGGGAAAACAUCAAAUAUACCAAGCAGCAUUCUCCUGUCGAUGCUCGGCAAGAGCCGGGUCACCAAGUUCAUCCUUCAGGAAAUACUCAGUGUCACCGUCGGCGAUUUCGUCAAGAAGGAGAACCUCAAGGUGAACCCUGAGAUCGCGACGACGCAGUCAGAAGGCGACCUGGAGUCGUCGUUCGCGCCGGGCUCGUCGUUCGGGUUCAAUGUGAUCCUCGAGCUGGAGAAGGAGCCUGACACCGAUGACGCCAUUGAUAUCGAGCUAUCGGACUCCAAGGACGCCCCUGACGUGAAGCAGUCCGACUCCGAAGAGCCUUCCGAAGAGGAGCCCCCCUCCUCCACCUGAUACUUCAGAGAGGAAAUGCCUCCGUGUAUUUAUUCCCUGGUGAAUGUGCUUCAGAUUCAGAAUAGCAUUAGCAGGCAAACAAUUGUUCAGAUAAAACACCAGAGAUGAUCUGCAGGUUGCGGGUGACACAUCACUGAAGAUGUGUGUGUAGCAGCACUGAACAUGCAGACACGUUAGAUUUGGGGAGACGUGGGCCCAUGAUGACAGCGCCGCAGCGCCGGGCUCCAGCGCAGCAAUGAUGAAAAACCCUAUCCAGUUUGUCU